AUGUCUUUGCAAGGUCAACUAGAUAGGUUCAAGAAACAGCAAGAGAAGUGUCAGUCUACGCUUUCCGGCAUUGCGGCGAGUCAGGUUGGUGGUAGAAAACCUAGUAAUCCAGUAGUUGCACAUGCGUCGAUCAAUGGGAGAAAUUCGACUACUGGUAUCAAAUUCUCGAAAGAUACUGAGAGGCUUCAGCAGAUUAAUACUAUACGGAAAGCCCAUGUUGGUGCUCAGAUGAAGCGUGUUAUUGAUAUGUUGUUUGAGACGCGGAAGGCGUAUACUCCAGAGCAAAUAAUUGAAGCAUGCUAUGUUGACAUGAGGGCUAACAAAGAUGUUUUUGACAAUCUGAGGAAAAACCCAAAAGUACACUAUGACGGACAACGAUUCUCUUACAAGGCAAAGUAUGGUCUUAAGGAUAAAACUGAGCUUCUUCAACUGGUACGUAAGUAUCCAGAGGGCAUUGCCGUUAUUGACCUAAAGGAUGCUUACCCCUCUGUAAUGGAAGACUUACAGGCUUUGAAAGUUGCAGGGCAGAUCUGA